UCAGUUGUUGCAUCGAUGAUUUUAUGGUGAGGACUUAUCCAGAUAAAACAUGGCUUUGCCCUGACUGCAAAACAUGUGAGAUUUGUAUUCAAACGUCAAAGGCAGGCCAAUUAAUCAUGUGCUCACGAUGUGGUGAUGCCUACCACCCUAACUGUUAUGAAUCAACGAUUCCAGAGAAAAAUGUACGCAAUGAGAAUUGGGAAUGUUUCAACUGUCUGAAAUCAGUUGAAGUUAAAGGUCCACUUAAUUCUGAGGCUUUACAAUUCUAGAUGUUAUAUCCUAAAACUGGAAAUCAAUGUGAAGAAUAGUUUGUUGAAUAAUUAAAAAAAAAUAUGUUAGGAGACCAG